AUGAGUUCUCAAACACCCAGUAAUGCAACAUCAUCGUUGGUACUCUCCACCAAUUCUUUGGUAUCACACAUAAUGGCCCAUACUUCCUUCAAUUCGUCCUCGUUAUUGACAUCAUCCUUAUCGGAAACUCCUCAAACCUUCCUCAUACAAUCAACAACUGUUUCCGAGGCCCGUCCCCAAAUCAAUUUGGGAGUAAAUGAUAACAAACUCAACCAUACUGCAACUUCCUCGGUAAAUGGAGCAAUGGGUUUUGGUGGAAUUAGUUGGGGAGUUGGGGAAUUGGCAUUGCUUGGAAUUACGGCAGUUGAAGUAUUUUGUUUAUUAUGA